AUGGCAAUAAUAAAAAGGGGAGCAAGGAAUAAAACGGCAGCGCAGCCGGCAAAAAGGUCGGGUCAGAUCAAAAAGGCCACUUUUGAUUCCACCAAGAAAAACGAAGUAGGAGUUUCAGACUUGACUCUACUUUCAAAGAUAUCUGAUGAGUCUAUCAAUGAAAACUUAAAGAAAAGAUUCCAGAACGGGACCAUUUACACUUAUAUUGGCCAUGUUUUGAUCAGUGUUAACCCAUUUCGCGAUCUGGGGAUCUACACUGAUAGCGUUUUAAAAAGCUACAUGGGUAAAAACAGGCUAGAAGUAGCGCCGCACGUUUUUGGUAUUGCAGAGUCGAUGUAUUAUAAUCUAAAAGCCUAUAACGAGAAUCAGUGUGUCAUUAUUUCUGGUGAAUCUGGUGCAGGUAAGACCGAGGCGGCGAAAAGAAUCAUGCAAUAUAUCGCAGCGGCUUCUAAUACACAUUCGGACUCUAUCGGAAAGAUUAAAGAUAUGGUUCUCGCAACUAAUCCACUGCUAGAAUCAUUUGGAUGCGCGAAAACGUUGCGGAAUAACAACUCCUCGAGACACGGCAAGUACCUCGAGAUCAGAUUUAACUCCCAAUUUGAACCCUGUGCCGGCAAUAUCACCAAUUAUUUGCUGGAAAAACAGAGAGUUGUUAGUCAAUUGAAAAACGAGAGAAACUUUCACAUUUUUUACCAAUUUACUAAAGGUGCUUCAGACAAUUAUAGACAAAUUUAUGGCGUUCAACCUCCAGAGCAAUAUAUCUAUACAUCGGCGUCUGGGUGCACAUCGGUGGAUACAAUUGAUGAUCUCAAAGAUUUCCAGGAUACUAUAAAGGCUAUGCAAGUAAUUGGAAUAUCACAGCAAGAACAAGAUGAAAUGUUCAGAUGUUUGGCAGCCGUCUUAUGGAUUGGUAACGUCUCUUUCAUGGAUAAUGAUGAGGGCAAUGCACAGGUGCGGGACACGUCUGUUACAGAUUUUGUCGCCUACCUACUACAGGUAGACUCCCAACUACUGUGUCAAUCACUGGUAGAGCGAGUAAUGGAAACUAAUCAUGGUAUGAAAAGAGGUUCCGUCUACCAUGUCCCUUUAAAUGUGGUGCAAGCCACAGCUGUAAAAGACGCCCUUGCGAAGGCAAUAUAUAAUAAUCUGUUUGAUUGGGUCGUCGACAGAGUUAACGUGUCACUGCAAGCUUUCCCGGGUGCUGAUAAAUCCAUCGGUAUUCUGGACAUCUAUGGAUUCGAAAUUUUUGAUUUCAACUCUUUCGAACAAAUCUGCAUCAACUAUGUCAAUGAAAAGCUGCAGCAAAUUUUUAUUCAGUUGACCCUCAAGUCUGAACAAGAAGAAUACGCAAGAGAGCAGAUUGAGUGGACUCCAAUCAAAUAUUUUGACAAUAAGAUUGUAUGCGACUUAAUAGAAGCUAGAAGACCACCUGGAAUAUUCGCUGCUAUGAAUGAUUCUGUCGCGACGGCACAUGCUGACUCGAAUGCAGCAGACCAAGCGUUCGCUCAGCGGCUAAAUCUUUUCAACAGCAACCCGCAUUUUGAUCUCAGGUCGUCAAAAUUUAUCAUCAAACAUUAUGCUGGCGACGUGACUUACGAUAUUUUUGGAAUGACAGAUAAGAACAAAGAUCAGUUGCAAAAAGAUCUAGUUGAGUUAGUUCAAACGUCUUCAAAUACUUUUCUGUCAUCACUUUUUCCCACCUCUGUGGAUCAGGGAUCCAAAAAGAGACCCCCCACCGCUGGUGACAAGAUUAUUAAAAGCGCGAAUGAACUUGUUGACACCUUGUCAAAAGCCAAACCAUCGUACAUUAGAACAAUUAAACCUAAUCAAACCAAGUCUCCAAAUGAUUAUGACGAUCGCCAAGUUCUUCAUCAAGUCAAAUACCUUGGUUUACAAGAAAAUGUUCGCAUCAGAAGAGCGGGAUUUGCAUACAGGCAGACUUUCGACAAAUUUGUGGAACGAUUCUACUUGUUAUCUCCCCAAUGUUCAUAUGCUGGGGACUAUACCUGGCAAGGGGAUACCUUGGAUGCCGUUAAAUUAAUUCUACGGGAUGCAGCUAUCCCAUCUACUGAAUAUCAACUCGGUGUAAGUAAGGUGUUCAUCAAGACCCCUGAAUCAUUAUUUGCAUUGGAGAACAUGAGAGACAAAUAUUGGUACAAUAUGGCCGCCAGAAUUCAGAGAGCCUGGAGGAGGUUUUUGCUCAGACGAAUUGACGCCGCCAGUCGUAUUCAAAGAGCCAUAAAAGAAAAGAAGGGUGGCAACGAAUUCGAAAAGCUAAGAGACUAUGGUACCAAGCUUUUGGCUAGUAGGAAGGAAAGACGGUCAAUGUCGCUGCUAGGUUACAGAGCAUUUAUGGGCGAUUACCUAUCUUGUAAUGAAGCAAAGUCUAAAGGUGCAUACAUCAAAAGACAAGCAGGUAUAAGCGACAAGGUUUUAUUUUCUAUCUAUGGUGAAUCUCUCCAUACAAAGUUUGGGCGCUCCGCUCUCAGACUACGCAAGACAAUAAUCUUGACAUCCUCUACUCUUUAUGUUAUUGGUCAAACAGCAGUACAAAACCAAAUCACGUACUCUGUUGAUAACAAUGUUGACAUCAAGCAGAUCAAAUUUGUCAGUCUUACAAAUCUACAAGACGAUUGGGUAGGAAUUUUUGUUACAGGCUCGCUCUCGCCUGAUCCCUUGAUCAAUACCUAUUUUAAGACAGAGCUCAUCACACACUUGAAGAGAUUAAACAGCGGAAUUGAAAUCAGAAUUGGUCCUACUUUAGAGUACCAAAAAAAACCAGGUAAAGUGCACCUCGUUAAAUGUCAAAUUAGCGAGUCAGCUCCUAAGUAUGGUGAUCUUUACAAAUCUAGCACAAUCUCUGUCCGUCGAGGCAACCCCUCAAAUUCCAAGUCCCGGCCAAAGCCAAAAAAAGCUAGUACCAUCAAUGAUCACGACGCACCUACAGCGCAACAGUUUACGCCUAGCAACGGCGGCUUUCAGGCUCAAACCCGAAACACUUCAAGCGCCGCAAGGAAGGCCCCUACAAAGCCUCCGGCACCGCAAACUAGACAAAAGAGAGUUCCUCCAGCCCCUCCCGCCAAAAAACAAAUGCCUGCAAAUGCAGUAUCGCCUGCUUCUGCAAAGAUAGCAGCUACUGCUGCUCAAGCCGCCUAUCACCCACAGCAAAGUGCGGAACGAGAAGCCUCGGGGCAAGGACUCCGCCAAACUUCGACUCAAAAUGCUUUCGUUGCACAACCACAACCCCAAGUACAGAGACAGGCAGUGACGCCUGCAAAACAACAGGCUGUUUCUUCACAUCCUCCUCCUCCACCUCCCCCACCUCCUGCUGCCAAACCCUCUCUUCCUAGAUUCGUAGCUGCUUACGAUUUUGUAGGUACUGGUUCUCCUUCUGAACUUCCUCUCCAGCGUGGCGACGUCGUUUUUGUUUCAAAGCAGGAAGCAAGCGGUUGGUCGCUAGCCAAAACUUUAGACGGUGCCAAAGAAGGUUGGGUGCCAACUGCUUACAUGACUGAGCACAACGAGUCUGGAACUGGCUUUUCCCAGCAGCCGCUCGAGACUUCCUCAUCUAGCGCAACGAACAUGGGAACUGUAGCGUCUGCGGCUGCUUUUGGCUCAAGUGCUACGGCAUCUGCUGAUACUUCUGCUAACGCUUCAGCAGAUGCUUUGACGUCUGCUCUCGCUGCCAGAGCAAAUAAAAUGCGUUUGGACAGUGACGAGGAGGCUGCCGCAGUUUCCGAGGAUGAUUGGUAA